AUGACUGAUUCUUUGGAUAAUGCUGAUACGUCAGUAGAAACAGUUCCAAAUAUUACAAUAGUUGAUUAUGGAGCUUUUGCUAAUUACAUCCGCAAAGCUGUUACUAUUUUAUUGCCAGAGGAAGAUGUGGUGCCACCGGCUUUAAAUUUAGCAUUAGAAGAUCCAGAUAACCAAGAAAGGAUUAAAAAAUUUCUUGCGGACUCUCAGGUCCAAGCCUUGUAUAUUCAAAGGAAUUGCCUGAAAGAGGAUGAAAACGAACAGCCAGCCGAGGGAGAAGAAGAAAAGGAAUUUGUUAACUAUCAAAUCAGCAAUGACGUACACUUCACCAAUAGCCGCAUGGCAUCGCUGGCCUGCAUUAAACGGGGCACUGUAAUAGAGGCCGACAAAUCGAUUCAUUCUCAAUUACGGUUAAUUAACUUUUCGGAUGGUUCACCUUAUGAGACCUUGCAUGCUUUCAUUAGCAAAUCUUUGGCGCCAUAUUUCAAAUCUUAUGUUAAGGAAUCGGGCAGAGCGGACCGUGAUGGCGAUAAAAUGGCUCCUUCGGUCGAGAAGAAAUUAGCUGAAUUGGAAAUGGGUUUAUUGCAUUUGCAACAAAACAUCGACAUUCCAGAAAUCACUUUAACUGCUCAUCCUAUCGUUAAUGCGGUUAUACGUAAGUGUGUCGACGAGAAUCGCAAAGCUAAGGUGGCCGACUUCGGCGAUAAAGUGGAAGAUUCGUCUUUCUUGAAUCAAUUGCAAAAUGGUGUAAAUCGUUGGAUUAAAGAAAUUAAAAAAGUUACGAAACUGGAUCGUGAUCCUUCCUCGGGUACUGCUCUGCAAGAAAUAUCUUUUUGGCUGAACAAGGAGCGUGCUUUAUAUCGCAUACAGGAGAAACGAGAGUCACCUGAGGUAGCUCUGACUUUGGAUAUCUUGAAACAUGGCAAACGUUUUCAUGCCACUGUUUCUUUUGAUACCGAUACUGGUCUUAAGCAAGCUUUAGCCAUUGUUGCGGAUUAUAAUCCCCUUAUGAAAGAUUUUCCAAUUAACGAUUUAUUAUCAGCUACGGAAUUGGAAAAGAUACGCCCAGCCGUUAUACAAAUUUUCUCUCAUUUGCGCAAAGUGCGUAAUACUAAAUACCCCAUACAACGCUGUCUUAAACUUAUCGAAGCUAUCUCACGUGAUUUAUCACAACAACUGCUUAAAGUGUUGGGUACCCGACGCCUUAUGCAUAUACCAUUCGAUGAAUUUGAACGUGUUAUGAAUCAAUGCUUUGAGAUUUUCAGCUCUUGGGAUGACGAAUACGACAAAUUGCAGGGUUUGCUACGUGACAUUGUCAAGAAGAAACGCGAUGAGCAUAUGAAAAUGGUGUGGCGCGUUUCGCCAGCCCACAAAAAAUUGCAAACUCGCAUGGAGCAUAUGCGCAAAUUUCGUCGCCAGCAUGAACAGCUACGUACAGUUAUAUUGCGUGUAUUGCGUCCUACUAAAAAUCAGCAACAAACUGGCGAAAACAAUGCCGGUGAGAAUAAGCAGCCAUACAGUUUAGAAGCGGCUGAUGCCAACGCCAUCGAAGAAGUUAACUUGGCUUACGAAAAUGUCAAAGAGGUAGACUGCUUAGAUAUAUCCAAAGAAGGUUCUGAAGCGUGGGAGGCGGCCGUUAAACGUUACGAAGAACGUAUUGAUCGUGUAGAGACACGUAUAACGGCGCAUUUACGUGACCAAUUGGGCACGGCUAAAAAUGCUAAUGAAAUGUUUCGCAUAUUUUCACGUUUCAAUGCAUUAUUCGUGCGGCCGCAUAUACGAGGGGCUAUACGAGAAUAUCAGACUCAAUUGAUUCAACGAGUCAAAGACGAUAUUGAGGCAUUGCAUGAGAAAUUUAAGGUGCAAUAUCCACAAUCCAAAAGCUGUCGUCUGUCUACGGUACGCGAUUUGCCACCAGUGGCUGGCUCGAUUAUCUGGGCUCGCCAAAUCGAUAAUCAGUUGACGAUGUACUUGAAACGCGUCGAAGAUGUUUUGGGCAAAGGAUGGGAAACUCAUAUUGAGGGACAAAAACUCAAGGCCGACGGCGAUAGUUUUCGCAAUAAAUUGAAUAUACAGGAGGUAUUUCAGGAGUGGGCUCGUAAAGUCCAAGAACGUAACUUCGGCAGCUCUGGACGCAUUUUUACAAUCGACCCUGUACGCUCACGUCAUGGCCGCGGGAACGUCUUAAAAUUGCGCGUCAACUUUUUACCCGAAAUUAUUACUCUUUCUAAGGAAGUGCGCAACAUCAAGAACUUGGGAUUCAGAGUGCCUCUGACGAUUGUGAAUAAAGCUCAUCAGGCUAAUCAAAUUUAUCCUUAUGCGAUUUCUUUGAUCGAAAGUGUACGUACCUACGAGCGGACUUUGGAAAAGCUAAAUAAUAGGAGUUUAGCACAAAACUCUGUCUUCAAGAUUGAAGAUCGGGCCAGUAUUGUUCCUCUAGUCGCCGGUUUGCGAAAGGAAGUUCUAAAUUUGGUAUCCGAAGGUAUCGGUCUAGUAUGGGAAUCCUAUAAACUAGAUCAAUAUGUGCUGCGUCUAUCUGAGUGCGUUACUCAAUUUCAAGAAAAGGUUGAAGAUCUUCUCGUAGUCGAAGAGCAACUCGAUGUAGAUGUGCGCUCUUUGGAAACUUGUCCAUAUAGUGCUGCCACGUUUGUUGAGAUCCUUUCAAAAAUUCAACAUGCUGUCGAUGACUUGUCGUUGCGUCAGUAUUCGAAUUUAAGCGUUUGGGUUUCCCGUCUCGAUGAAGAAGUCGAGAAGAAAUUGGCUUCACGUUUGCAAGCAGGCAUACAAGCAUGGACCGAAGCUUUGACUGGUGAUAAAAAGGAAGUUGAUCUUUCUAUGGAUACCGAUGCUCCGGCUCAACCUACCCAUAAACUUGGCGGCGAACCGCAAAUACAAAAUGCCGUGCAUGAAAUACGAAUUACUAAUCAACAAAUGUACUUAUAUCCUUCCAUCGAGGAAGCACGUUUUCAAAUUAUGCAACAGUUGUUCGCAUGGCAAGCCAUCGUUACAUCGCAAGUACGUUUACAAAGUUCCCGUUAUCAGGUGGGCUUAGAUAAACCAGUAUCACAAACGUAUCGGAAUUUAUUGACCAAACUGCCGGAUGGUAAAGUGUUGGAAAAUGCCUACGAGGCUAUCGAAAGUAAAAUAAGUGAGGUACGUAACUAUGUCGAUGAAUGGUUGCGUUAUCAAAGCUUAUGGGACUUGCAAGCUGAUACUUUGUACGGUCGCCUAGGCGAAGAUGUUAAUUUGUGGAUUAAAUGCUUAAAUGAUAUCAAAAAAUCUCGUACUACAUUUGACACUUCGGAUACCCGUCGUGCUUACGGGCCAAUCGUCAUUGAUUACGCGAAAGUGCAGGCUAAAGUUACUUUGAAAUAUGACUCUUGGCAUAAAGAAGCUUUGGGCAAAUUUGGCACUUUACUUGGCAACGAGAUGACUACCUUCCACGCUAAGGUCUCCAAAUCAAGAACUGAUUUAGAAAUGCAAAGCAUUGAGGCGGCCAGCACUACUGACGCUGUUAGCUUUAUUACUUACGUUCAGUCAUUGAAGAAAGAAAUGCUGCUUUGGGAUAAACAGGUGGAAGUGUUCCGUGAAGCCCAACGUAUUUUGGAGCGACAACGCUUCCAGUUCCCCAACAAUUGGUUACAUGUUGAUAACAUCGAAGGAGAAUGGUCUGCCUUUAACGAGAUCAUUAAGCGUAAGGACACCGCUAUACAAACGCAAGUGGCAAGUUUGCAGGCGAAAAUUGUUGCUGAAGAUAAAGCUGUGGAGACAAGGACCAUCGAUUUCUUAAAUGAUUGGGAGAAAAAUAAGCCUACUGGUGGCAAAAUACGACCGGAUGACGCUUUACAACAAUUACAAAUCUUUGAAAGUAAAUACACACGUCUCAAAGAGGAACGUGAUAACGUGGCUAAGGCCAAAGAAGCGUUGGAAUUGCAAGAGUCAGCUAUUGCUAACAAUAGUUCGGAGCGUAUGAAUGUGGCUUUAGAAGAGUUACAAGACUUGCGAGGAGUCUGGAGUGAAUUAUCCAAAGUUUGGUCACAAAUCGAUGAAACUCGAGAAAAACCUUGGCUUUCGGUACAGCCGCGAAAACUACGCCAACAAUUGGAAGCUAUGAUGUCUCAACUUAAAGAAUUACCUGCACGCUUACGUAUGUACGAAUCGUACGACUAUGUAAAGAGAUUAAUACAAAGUUACAUCAAGGUAAACAUGUUAAUUGUGGAAUUGAAGUCGGAUGCAUUGAAAGAGCGUCACUGGAAACAAUUAACAAAACAAUUGCGUGUCAAAUGGGUAAUUUCUGACCUAAGUUUGGGUCAAGUUUGGGACGUAAAUCUUCAGAAAAAUGAAAACAUAGUGAAAGAUAUCAUAUUAGUGGCACAAGGUGAGAUGGCCUUGGAGGAAUUCCUUAAACAAGUGCGCGAAUCUUGGCAAAGUUACGAAUUAGAUUUGAUUAAUUAUCAAAAUAAAUGUCGUAUUAUACGUGGAUGGGAUGAUCUGUUCAAUAAAGUCAAAGAGCAUAUUAAUUCAGUGGCAGCGAUGAAACUAUCACCUUAUUACAAAGUAUUCGAAGAAGAAGCUUUGACUUGGGAGGAAAAAUUGAAUCGUAUCAAUGCGUUAUUCGACGUUUGGAUUGAUGUACAACGUCGUUGGGUCUAUUUAGAAGGCAUAUUUUCGGGAAGUGCUGAUAUUAAAACUUUGCUACCACAAGAGACUUCACGAUUUCAGAGUAUCAGCUCAGAGUUUUUAGGGUUGAUGAAAAAGGUAGCCAAAUCGCCCAAAGUAAUGGACGUUUUAAAUAUACCGGCCGUGCAGCGUUCCUUAGAACGCUUGGCUGACCUGCUAGGCAAAAUUCAGAAAGCUCUAGGCGAAUAUCUUGAACGUGAACGUACAUCUUUUCCACGAUUCUAUUUUGUGGGGGACGAAGAUCUUUUGGAAAUCAUUGGCAAUAGCAAAAAUAUUGCUCGCUUACAAAAGCAUUUCAAGAAGAUGUUCGCUGGAAUUGCUGCGAUAUUAUUAAAUGAGGAGAAUAAUGUUAUUUUGGGUAUAUCGUCCAGAGAAGGCGAAGAAGUGAAAUUUAUAAAUCCUGUUUCCACGGUCGAACAUCCAAAAAUUAAUGAAUGGUUGUCUUUGGUGGAGAAACAAAUGCGUUUCACUUUGGCUUCUUUGUUGACCCAAGCCGUCCAGGAUAUCAAACAGUUCCGAGAUGGCCAGAUAGAUCCACAAAAAUAUAUGGAAUGGUGCGAUAAAUAUCAAGCCCAGAUAGUUGUUUUAGCUGCACAAAUUUUAUGGUCCGAAGAUGUAGAAAGCGCUUUGCAACAGGCAUCAGAAAGUCACACUACAAAGCCUCUACAACGUGUUUUAGCUACUGUUGAGUCCACUUUAAAUGUUUUAGCAGAUUCAGUGUUGCAAGAACAACCGCCAUUGCGUAGAAAAAAAUUGGAACAUCUGAUUAACGAAUUCGUGCAUAAACGUACUGUCACUAGGCGCUUGAUAUCGAACGGCGUUACGCAUCCCAAAUCUUUUCAAUGGCUUUGCGAAAUGCGAUUUUACUUUGAUCCACGUCAAACCGAGGUGUUACAACAAUUGACCAUACAUAUGGCUAAUGCCCGUUUCUUUUACGGUUUCGAAUAUCUAGGUGUACAAGAUCGCCUUGUGCAAACUCCUCUGACUGAUCGUUGUUAUUUAACCAUGACCCAGGCCCUGGAAUCACGUUUAGGUGGUUCACCAUUUGGUCCUGCUGGUACCGGUAAAACUGAAUCAGUUAAAGCUCUUGGCAAUCAAUUGGGUCGUUUCGUAUUGGUCUUCAAUUGUGAUGAGACCUUCGAUUUUCAAGCGAUGGGUCGUAUAUUUGUAGGUCUCUGUCAAGUUGGAGCUUGGGGUUGUUUUGAUGAAUUCAAUCGGCUUGAGGAACGCAUGCUUUCCGCUUGUUCGCAGCAAAUACAGACCAUCCAAGAAGCUUUGAAGUAUGAAAUGGACAGCAAUAAAGAGAGCAUCACGGUGGAAUUAGUGGGCAAGCAGGUGCGAGUCUCGCCGGAUAUGGCGAUAUUCAUAACCAUGAAUCCCGGUUAUGCCGGCCGUUCAAAUCUGCCCGAUAACUUAAAAAAACUUUUCCGUUCUCUUGCUAUGACAAAACCAGACCGUCAGUUGAUCGCGGAAGUUAUGCUUUUCUCGCAAGGCUUCCGUUCUGCUGAAAAGUUGGCCUGCAAAAUUGUACCAUUCUUCAAAUUGUGCGAUGAACAAUUGUCUAAUCAAAGUCAUUACGAUUUUGGCUUACGUGCCCUUAAGUCUGUUUUAAUUUCCGCAGGCAACGUUAAACGCGAUCGCAUACAAAAAAUCAAAGAAACACUACGUCAACGUGGUGAAGAAAACAUUGACGAGGCUUCGGUGGCUGAAAAUCUACCUGAGCAAGAAAUACUUAUACAAUCAGUUUGCGAGACCAUGGUACCGAAACUGGUGGCCGAAGAUAUCCCCUUGUUAUUCUCUUUGCUAAGCGAUGUCUUCCCCAACGUGGGUUACACACGGGCUGAAAUGAAAGGUUUGAAGGAAGAAAUACGCAAAGUAUGUGAAGAAGAUUAUUUAGUGUGCGGCGAGGGUGAUGAGCAGGGUGCUGCCUGGAUGGAAAAGGUCUUGCAACUGUAUCAAAUCUCUAAACUUAAUCACGGCUUAAUGAUGGUGGGACCUUCGGGAUCUGGUAAAUCGACUGCAUGGCGUACCCUCUUGAAAGCUUUAGAGCGUUUUGAGGGCAUUGAAGGUGUAGCUCAUGUUAUCGAUCCGAAAGCCAUUUCCAAAGAAGCUUUGUAUGGUGUUUUGGAUCCGAAUACACGUGAAUGGACUGACGGCUUAUUUACACACGUCUUGCGUAAAAUCAUUGAUAACGUACGCGGGGAAAUUAAUAAGCGGCAGUGGAUUAUAUUCGACGGUGAUGUUGAUCCUGAAUGGGUCGAGAAUUUGAAUUCUGUUUUGGAUGAUAAUAAACUGCUAACUUUACCGAAUGGUGAACGUUUAUCGUUGCCGCCCAAUGUGCGUAUCAUGUUUGAAGUGCAGGAUUUGAAGUUCGCGACUUUGGCUACUGUGUCUCGCUGCGGCAUGGUUUGGUUCUCUGAGGAUGUUCUCUCUACCGAGAUGAUAUUUGAGAAUUAUUUAUCACGUUUGCGUUCAAUACCCUUGGAAGAUGGAGAUGACGACUUCUCCACCAUUGCAGUUAAGUCCGUUAAAGAUAAAGAAGAUGAGAUAUCGCCUUCACUACAAGUUCAAAGAGAUAUUGCUUUAUAUCUGCAACCAUUCUUUUCGGCUGAUGGUAUAGUGGUACGCAGUUUGGAGUACGCCAUGGAACAGGAACAUAUUAUGGACUUUACCCGCUUAAGAGCUUUAAGCUCCUUAUUCUCCAUGAUAAAUCAGGCUGCCAGAAAUAUCUUAAAUUAUAAUGCUCAACAUCCCGAUUUUCCUUGUUCGCCCGAUCAAUUGGAACAAUAUAUACCUAAAGCUUUGAUUUAUUCCGUUUUAUGGUCUUUUGCGGGUGAUGCUAAGCUUAAAGUACGUAUUGAUUUGGGAGAUUUUGUUCGCAGUGUCACCACCAUUCCUCUACCUGGAUCUGUGGGUGUCGCUAUCAUUGAUUAUGAGGUUAGCAUGAAUGGUGAAUGGGUACCAUGGUCAAAUAAAGUACCAGUUAUUGAGGUAGAAACCCAUAAAGUAGCUUCCCCCGAUAUAGUGGUACCCACUUUGGACACAGUGCGUCAUGAAUCUCUGCUUUACACUUGGUUGGCUGAACACAAACCUUUAGUACUUUGCGGCCCUCCUGGGUCUGGCAAAACUAUGACAUUGUUUUCGGCUUUACGCGCGUUGCCCGAUAUGGAAGUGGUCGGCUUAAAUUUCUCAUCCGCCACUACUCCGGAGCUCUUGUUGAAAACAUUCGAUCAUUAUUGCGAAUAUCGCAAGACACCUAAUGGUGUCGUCCUAUCGCCCGUGCAGAUUGGUAAAUGGUUAGUUUUAUUCUGUGAUGAAAUCAACUUGCCUGACAUGGAUUCCUACGGUACGCAACGUGUCAUUUCUUUCUUACGACAACUUGUCGAGCACAAGGGCUUCUAUCGGGCCAGUGAUCAGGCGUGGGUUUCUUUAGAACGCAUACAAUUUGUGGGCGCUUGCAAUCCGCCUACCGAUCCUGGUCGUAAGCCAUUGUCGCAUCGUUUCUUACGACACGUUCCUAUUAUCUAUGUUGACUACCCCGGCGAGACUUCACUCAAACAGAUUUACGGCACUUUCUCCCGUGCUAUGUUGCGUUUAAUGCCUUCAUUGCGCGGCUAUGCUGAACCUUUGACUAAUGCUAUGGUAGAAUUUUAUCUAGCCUCGCAAGAUCGUUUCACGCAAGAUAUGCAACCUCAUUACGUCUACUCGCCUCGCGAGAUGACCCGUUGGGUGCGUGGUAUUUGCGAAGCUAUACGUCCUUUAGAUUCCUUGCUCGUUGAAGGAUUAGUGCGCAUUUGGGCCCAUGAGGCGUUACGUUUAUUUCAAGACCGUUUGGUUGACGAAACUGAACGUCGCUGGACCAACGAAAAUAUCAAUACAGUGGCGUUAAAACAUUUCCCAGGUGUUAAUCCAGACGAGGCUCUUGCACGUCCAAUACUUUAUAGCAAUUGGUUAUCCAAAGAUUAUAUGCCGGUAAAUCGUGAAGAAUUACGAGACUAUGUCCGGGCACGCCUAAAGGUCUUUUACGAAGAAGAGCUGGACGUUCCUUUAGUGUUAUUCGAUGAAGUGUUAGAACACGUUUUGCGUAUUGAUCGUAUAUUCCGCCAACCCCAGGGACAUCUAUUACUUAUCGGAGUAUCGGGUGCAGGGAAAACCACCUUGUCGCGCUUUGUCGCUUGGAUGAAUGGUUUAUCGAUAUUUCAAAUUAAAGUACACAAUAAAUACACAAGUGAAGAUUUCGAUGAGGAUUUACGUUGCGUUCUGCGACGGUCGGGUUGUAAAGAUGAAAAGAUUGCUUUUAUUCUGGAUGAAUCAAAUGUUUUGGACUCUGGAUUUUUAGAACGCAUGAAUACACUUUUGGCUAAUGGUGAGGUGCCCGGGCUCUUUGAAGGUGAUGAAUACACGACGCUAAUGACUCAAUGCAAAGAAGGUGCUCAACGUGAAGGCCUAAUGUUAGAUUCAAGCGAUGAGUUAUAUAAAUGGUUUACACAACAAGUUAUGCGUAAUUUGCAUGUAGUCUUUACAAUGAAUCCUUCAACUGACGGCUUGAAAGAUCGGGCUGCCACUUCGCCAGCCCUUUUCAACCGUUGUGUGCUGAAUUGGUUCGGUGAUUGGUCCGACUCGGCGCUCUUCCAAGUAGGCAAAGAAUUUACAGCACGCGUUGACUUGGAGAAACCGUCUUGGUCGUCGCCAGAUUUCUUCCCUUCGGUUUGCCCGCUAGUACCAUCGCAGCCUAAUCAUCGAGAUGCAGUAAUCAAUAGCUGUGUGUACGUCCAUCAAACCUUGCAUCAAGCCAAUGCCCGCUUAGCUAAACGCGGUAGUCGCACAAUGGCUGUAACACCGCGCCACUAUCUCGAUUUUAUUCAUCAUUUUGUGAAAUUAUUCAAUGAGAAGCGUAGCGACUUGGAAGAACAACAAUUACACUUAAAUGUGGGUCUAAACAAAAUAGCUGAAACCGUUGAACAAGUGGAGGAAAUGCAGAAAUCGCUCGCUGUUAAAAAGCAAGAGCUGCAGGCUAAAAAUGAGGCAGCCAAUGCCAAGCUGAAACAAAUGUUCAAAGAUCAACAAGAGGCAGAGAUCAAGAAAAUUCAAUCACAAGAAAUACAAAUUAAAUUAGCCGAUCAAACGGUAAAGAUUGAGGAGAAACGUAAAUAUGUUAUGGCCGAUUUAGCGCAGGUUGAACCGGCAGUCAUUGAAGCACAACUGGCUGUUAGCUCGAUUAAAAAGAAACAAUUGGCUGAAAUACGUACUAUGACAAAUCCACCACCAGCCGUUAAAUUAGCUUUGGAAUCGGUAUGUGAGUUGUUAAAUGAAAGCGCACCCGACUGGAAGACCAUGCGUGGCAUCAUCGUUAGGGAUACUUUUAUAUCAUCUAUAGUUAAUUUUCAAACUGAAAAUAUCACCGAUGAUGUUCGUGAAAAGAUGAAAAACAAAUACAUAAGUAAUCCGGAUUAUAAUUUUGAAAAAGUCAAUCGAGCUUCAUUGGCUUGCGGUCCUAUGGUUAAAUGGGCCAUUGCUCAGAUUGAAUAUGCGGACAUGUUGAAACGUGUGGAACCGUUACGAGAGGAGUUACGAUCUCUUGAGGAACAGGCCGAAGUAAAUAAGAAAAAUGCCCAGGAAACGAAAGCUUUAGUGGAGCAAUUAGAACAAAGUAUUGCCGCUUAUAAGGAGGAAUAUGCUCAGUUGAUUUCUCAAGCUCAAGCAAUUAAAACUGACCUUGAGAAUGUUCAAGCUAAAGUUGAUCGAUCAAUUGCUUUACUCAAGAGCUUGAAUAUUGAACGCGAACGUUGGGAAUGCACUAGUGAAACUUUCAAAUCGCAAAUGUCAACAAUUAUUGGUGAUGUUUUGUUGUCGGCCGCUUUCAUCGCUUAUGGCGGCUACUUUGAUCAACAUUAUCGCACUAACUUAUUUACGACUUGGUGUCAACAUUUACAAGCGGCCAAUAUACAGUAUCGCCCUGAUAUCGCUCGGACGGAAUACCUUUCUAAUCCAGACGAACGUUUACGUUGGCAGGCGAAUGCUUUACCAACUGAUGAUUUAUGUACCGAGAAUGCCAUAAUGUUGAAACGUUUUAACCGAUAUCCAUUGAUUAUAGACCCAUCUGGCCAAGCGACCACAUUUUUAUUGAACGAGUAUGCUGGUAAAAAGAUUACUAAAACCAGUUUCUUGGAUGAUUCAUUCCGUAAAAACCUGGAAUCUGCUUUACGUUUCGGUAAUCCGCUUCUAGUACAGGAUGUUGAAAAUUAUGAUCCAAUUUUGAAUCCAGUUCUGAAUCGAGAACUUCGACUUGGAUCACGUGUAGACAAAAAUAUGACAAAAGAUGGUGACAAGUCAAUAUCCUGGUCACCUAAGGUGAUUAAAACACGUCCUCCUGUAGUCGAAUUUCCUCCAGAUAUAUGUUCCAGAGUAACAUUUGUAAACUUUACAGUAACGCGUAGUUCAUUACAGUCGCAGUGCUUGAACCAAGUCCUGAAAGCUGAACGGCCUGAUAUUGAUGAGAAACGUUCCGAUUUGUUAAAAUUACAGGGCGAGUUUCGUUUACGGUUGCGGCAAUUGGAGAAAAGUCUAUUGCAGGCACUCAACGAUGCUAAGGGUAAAAUUUUGGACGAUGAUUCGGUUAUAGCGACUCUGGAAACGCUUAAAAAGGAAGCUUUCGACAUUAAUCAAAAAGUGGAUGAGACCGAUAAAGUUAUAGCUGAAAUAGAAACUGUCUCUCAACAAUAUUUACCCCUCUCUGUGGCUUGUAGUAAUAUCUACUUUACUAUGGAUAGCCUAAAUCAGGUGCACUUCUUGUAUCAAUAUUCACUUAAGAUGUUUUUGGAUAUAUUUUCUACCGUCUUGUAUAAUAAUCCAAAAUUAGUGGGUCGUAGCGGCUAUGCCGAAAGAUUGGUUCUUAUAACACGUGAUCUGUUCCGUGUAUGUUAUGAGCGUGUGGCACGAGGCAUGUUGCAUGCCGAUCGUUUAACAUUUGCUUUACUUAUGUGCAAAAUCCACUUAAAGGGCACGUCAGAGCCUAAUCUUGAUGCAGAAUUUCAUUUCUUCUUGCGUAGUCGUGAAGGUUUAUUGGCUAAUCUUGAACCCGUGGAAGGUUUGAGUCCUGAACAAAUUGAAGGCGUUAAUCGUUUAGCAUCGCGCUUGCCCAUAUUCCGUAAAUUAAUAGAUAAGUUGCGUUCGAUGCCUGAGUUAGUGCCAUGGUUGCAGCAAAGCUCUCCUGAGCAAUGCGUUCCCCAAUUAUGGGAUGAAAACAGAGCUCUAUCGCCCGUAGCUAGUUCGGUUCAUCAGCUACUAUUGAUUCAAGCGUUUCGUCCGGAUCGAGCUAUAGCUGCGGCUCACAACGUGGUUAAUGCCGUUUUAGGUGAGGAUUACAUGCAAACUGCAGAGGAUGAAUUGGACUUUACGGCUGUAGUGGAGAAGCAAUUGAACUGCAACACACCUGCUUUGCUUUGUUCGGUCCCAGGAUUUGAUGCUUCUGGACGAGUUGAUGACUUAGCUGCAGAGCUUAACAAGCAAAUCUCUAGCAUUGCUAUUGGAUCUGCGGAAGGUUUCAAUCAAGCUGAGAGUGCUAUAAAUCUGGCUUGCAAGAGUGGUCGUUGGGUGCUGCUCAAGAAUGUGCAUUUGGCCCCACAGUGGCUAGUGCAGUUAGAAAAGAAACUUCAUUCAUUGCAGCCGCAUUCUGGUUUCCGUCUCUUCCUAACAAUGGAAAUUAAUCCUAAAGUUCCUGUGAAUUUAUUGAGAGCCGGUCGUAUAUUCGUUUUUGAGCCACCGCCAGGCAUUCGUGCGAAUUUAUUGCGCACGUUCUCGACAGUUCCGGCUGCUCGUAUGAUGAAAACUCCUAGCGAACGUGCACGAUUAUAUUUCUUGUUGGCGUGGUUCCAUGCUAUUGUUCAAGAACGCUUGCGAUAUGUACCGCUAGGAUGGGCUAAGAAAUAUGAAUUUAACGAAAGUGAUUUGCGUGUAGCUUGCGAUACACUGGACACUUGGAUUGAUACCACUGCUAUGGGACGCACUAAUCUACCACCAGAGAAAGUUCCGUGGGAUGCUUUGGUCACUUUACUCUCCCAAUCAAUUUACGGGGGCAAGAUUGAUAACGAUUUCGAUCAACGUCUUCUUACUUCCUUCCUAAAGAAACUCUUCACUCCACGUAGUUUUGAAGGUGAUUUUGCUUUAGUAGCUAAUGUUGACGGAGUCUCAGGAGGUCAGCGGCACAUUACCAUGCCUGAUGGCACCAGACGCGAUCAUUUCCUGAAAUGGAUAGAAAACCUGACAGACCGUCAGACACCCUCGUGGCUCGGUUUGCCCAAUAACGCUGAAAAGGUUUUACUUACCACUAGGGGUACCGACCUUGUAAGCAAAUUGCUUAAAAUGCAACAAUUAGAAGAUGAUGAUGAAUUGGCCUACAGUGUAGAAGAAUGUAAUGAGCAGGCUGCCUCUCAACGUCAAGAAGAUGGCCGUCCUUCUUGGAUGAAAACUCUCCACAAUUCGGCUACUGCUUGGCUGGAAUUGUUGCCUAAAAAUCUGGCAAUUUUGAAACGUACUGUCGAAAAUAUUAAAGAUCCAUUGUAUCGCUACUUUGAACGCGAGGUUACCUCUGGUGCUAAACUCUUGCAGACGGUUAUAUCCGAUUUGCAAGAUGUUGUACUCAUUUGUCAAGGUGAGAAGAAACAAACUAAUCAUCAUCGUUCUAUGCUUUCGGAAUUAGUACGCGGUAUCAUACCAAAAGGAUGGAAACGUUACACUGUGCCAGCUGGCUGUACUGUCAUCCAGUGGAUAACUGAUUUCAGUAAUCGCGUGCAACAAUUACAAAAAGUUUCUCAAUUGGUUUCACAGGCAGGAGCUAAAGAAUUGCAAGGUUUCCCCGUAUGGUUAGGUGGUCUUUUGAAUCCCGAAGCCUACAUAACUGCCACCCGUCAGUGUGUAGCUCAAGCCAAUAGCUGGUCUUUGGAAGAGCUGGCGCUAGAAGUCAUUAUAACCGAAUCGAGUAUUAACAAUGAGACUAAGGAUAGCAGUUUCGGUGUCACAGGCCUCAAAUUGCAAGGCGCGCAAUGCAAAAAUAAUGAACUGCUGUUGGCAUCGACUAUCAUGAUGGAUUUGCCAUUAACUGUAUUGAAAUGGAUUAAACUCUCUUCUGAGCCACGCGUUAGCAAACUAACUUUGCCGGUUUAUUUGAAUUCCACGCGCACUGAAUUGUUGUUCACCGUGGAUUUAGCUGUCGCGGUCGGUCAAGAUCCUUACAGUUUCUAUGAACGCGGUGUGGCCGUUCUAACGUCAACCGCUUUAAAUUAA